UUUCCACGACGACCGCUGGGAGCCGCAGCCGGAGCCGCCCCCGGAGCCUGAGACCCCCCAGGUCCCAGAGAAGGUUCCGGAAGGCGCCGCCGUCCCGGGGGCUCCGGGGGCUCCCGGCUCCCAGGAGGACUCGGACCAGUGGGAGGACGUGAGCGAGGAGGAGGAGGAGGAGGAGGAGGAGGAAGGGCCCAGCUCAAACCAGUUCAAACCAGACCGCCCCCCCCCUCCCCUCCCCCACCCCGGGGGGGGGUCCCGGAGCCGCCCCUCCCCCCCCCGAGCCCCUGCCGGAGCCCCCCGGAGACCCCGGAGCGCAGCGGGACCCCCCCCGACGGGCCGGGGGUGGAGAUCUCGGAUUUCCAGAGGGUUCGUUUCCGUAAGAGCUCCCCUCCCCCACGCUGACCCCAAACGCCCCAAAAUCCCCAAAUUCACCCCAAAAUCCCAGAUUCACCCCAAAAGUCCCAAAUUCACCCAAAAAACUCCAAAAAUCACCCUAAAAACAGCUCUGGGACCCCCAAAUCCCCCCAAAAAUCCCAAAUUCACCCCAAAAAUCCCAAAUUCACCCCAAAAUCCCCAAAUUCACCCCAAAAAUCCCAAAAAUCGCUCAAAAAUCACCCCAAAAACUCCAAAAAUCACCCUAAAAACGGCUCUGGGACCCCAAAACCCCCCCGAAAAAACCCAAAAUCACCCAAAAAUCCCAAAUUCACCCCAAAAAAUCCCCCAAAUCACCUUGAAAACAGUUCUGGGACCCCAAAAUUCCCCCAGAAAUCCCAAAAUUCACCCCAAAAAUCCCAAAAUCACCUCAAAGACCCCAAGAAUAACCCCAAAACCAGCCCUGGGACCCCCAAAAAACACCCUAAAAAAACAAAUUUGGGACCCCAAAAACCCCCAAAAUCCCUCCAAAACCCCAAAAAUCACCCCUGGGACCCCCAAAAAAACCCAAAAUCACCCCGAAUUCACCCAAAAAAACCUUUUGGGCUCCCAAAACCCCCCAAAAAUCCCCAAAAACUCCCGAAAUGCCCCCAAAUCACCCCUGGGACCCCAAAAUUCCCCCCAAAAUCCCCCUUGGGAGCCCCCCCGGGACCCCCCAGUUCUUGAUCUGGGCACACCUGAGCUCACCUGGGGCACACCUGAGCUCACCUGAGCUCACCUGGGCACACCUGGGCACACCUGAGCUCACCUGGGCACACCUGGGCACACCUGAGCUCACCUGGGCACACCUGGGCGCCGCUGCUUUGCUCUGGGGGGGCUUUUUGGGGUUUUUUUGGGGUCUCUGAGGGACUUUUUGGGGUUUCUUGGGAAUCUUUUGGGGCUGUCGCUUGCUGGACUGACUCACCUGGGCACACCUGAGCUCACCUGGGCACAGCUGAACUCACCUGGGCACACCUGGGCACCGCUGCUUGGCUCUGGGGGGGAAUUUUGGGGUCUUUUGGGGGUUUCUUGGGGAGCUUUUGGGGCUGUCACUGCUGGACUGACUCACCUGGGCACACCUGGGACACCUGGCACACCUGGGCACAGCUCAACUCACCUGGGCACACCUGGGCGCUGCUGCUUGGCUCUGGGGGGGCCUUUUUGGGUUUUUUUGGGGUUUCUGGGGGAGCUUUUUGGGGCUGUCGCUGCCUGGAGCUGCUGGACUGACUCACCUGGGCACACCUGAACUCACCUGGGCACAGCUGGCACAGCUGGACUCACCUGGGCACAGCUGGACUCACCUGGGCGCUGCUGCUUGGCUCUGGGGGGGCCUUUUUGGGGUCUCUGAGGGACUUUUUGGGGUUUCUUGGGGAGCUUUUGGGGCUGUCGCUGCUGGACUGACUCACCUGGGCUC